AUGGCUACGGACGUCCAAUCGUUAUAUGAAAUCGGGAAAAAUUCGCCUGAGGAGCAUGUUUCUCUGGCGUACUUGGCUGAUAUACCGAAAUAUGAUCUUGAGAAGCCAUAUGCCAUCGAAUUUGAUAUUCCUCUUGAAAAUGAAAGUUUCCGUAGCAAUCUCGAAUUUGAGUCUAGCAUCGUAUCGAUACGUGACCUGAGGCUCCGAAAGGAGAAGAUCAGGCUCGAGGAGCAUGGCUUUGAGGUGGUCGAUACUGCGUCUAGUUUCGAACAUGACUAUUUCAGAUCUGAAGCACCGAUCUGUGAGAUGCAGGAUGUAGAGAGUCUUCUGAAAGAAAGAUUCGAAACCGAACAAGUCUUUUGUUUCACUCAAAGGCUUUCCAGUCAACAAUCCCCAUGCAGACUUCACGAUCGAAAGCGUUUCUGGAAACCUAUACAUCACACCGUCAAGAACCACCCGCUCAUCUUUUGCGACAGAGCCACGUUAAGUGAAGCUCAGAUCAUACCAUGUGACCUAGUCUCUCCAGAUUAUCUUGGCGGAUUCUCGUUUGUAAAGUAUUCAGAAGGUCAACAGUGGUAUUGGCUAAGCAAUCAAGAAGUCGACGAGGCUUUUAUAUUCACAAGCUGGGACUCACAUCCUCUAUAUGAGCCUCCAUUCCUUCAGUCACUUUUCACGCGUCUUGCGUACUUGCGGAUUCAGAUCCUAAUCUACCCAAACGCGAAAGUCUGGAAAACAAAAGAUGGGUAUUAA